ACUGAGAUUGGGUCUAAUGGGUCUUGAUGGUGCGUUGGAGUUAGUUACCAAAGAUAAACUGACCGGUAAUCAGAGAGUCAAAGAGAUAAGACGUCGUACAGUGGUUGGCCGUAGGACAACCUGCGCGCAGCUAACAACUCGCGCACCUCAUUGAGUAUAGUUUAGCUAGUCUUGAGGAGGUUCGUAGUACAAGUCACGUCCUUGGAUGCCGCUCUCCGCGUACGUAUGUAAAUUGGAAUUAAUUUCGCGGCCGCGUCAUUGCGUUCGCGCGUCGCCUCGUGCACGCAUAUGGAGUCUGAUGAUACGUGUAUCCCCGUUGUGCUCGCUACGUGCACAAGUGCAUAUCACGGCGACGAGAUGCCUUUGCAACGUCUCGUCAAGUUGUUCAAACGAGUCCGAUGUUGAUCGCGCGGCGAGAUAACAUUUCGAAAAUACAGCUUUAUCUUUACGAUUGCGCGCGACGACGCGACGGGAAACGCACAAUACGGGCGACCGGGCGAUCUUUCUCGCUUCGUUAAUUCGCGUCGCCUUAAAUACGGCGGCUCGUCACGCGACACGCUAGUUGUCGGGGAAAUUCGCCAGCCGAAAGACAACGCCGAAGUGUCAUUAACGUGUGCACACCAUCUCACCCUCUGCCUAAUAAAUGCCGAGAGCAUGGAUGAGCAUAGCGCUAUGUCUCUGGAGGAAUCUCGGAGGUCGCAACGCCCGUAUCGCUACGGAAUGGUUCUUCUGUGCGUCGGGGCUCUCAUAAACUGGCUGGGCCUGGCGGAAAACUACGUAGAGCCAGUGCGAUAUGUCGGAGUCGCCUGCAUAGUCGCUGGGGCUCUCCUCAUUUGCGCCGCAAUGUGCUGUUGGCUGCACGCACCGCCAACUAGAACGAGCACGCACACGCAACACACGAAUCAUCCGAUCACGGCACAGAUCGACGACCCGAUCCACGUGAUCUCCAUCGAGGAGCCGUCCGGCAUGUCGAGGCAGAAGCCGCCGGAUUACGAAGCGGUGACGGACGCACCACCGAGCUACGAUGAUGCUAUCAAGCUGAAUCCUAGUCAAUUAGUCAGACUAAGUAAUGCUAGCACACCGUCGUCGUUAUCCUCGGGACAAAUUAUCCCGACGACCAUCACCAUCGUUUCUCCAACGCUAACACCACCACCGCCUUACGCAAGGUGAAGUCAUAAGGCUGGGACUAGGACACCGUCCACAAUGAAUACGGAGGCUCGCAGCGCGCCGGAGAACCGAUGUAUUGUCGUCUACUGCGAAGAGCGAUCGGCAGUGUGAUUAAAUCAAUGCGAUCAUACGACGAUUCCGUUGUUCGUUCUCGUCACUGCGAGACGCGUGAUCGAAUGUGCAUUUAGCUGCGCAAGAAGCGAUCUUGUCAGGGCUGGGCUUCUAUCAUUCGACGAUCGUUCAGCAACUUCCCGAAGAAGAAGAAUCGAACGAGGAUCUCUCUGCGACAUUUUUAUCAAAUGUCGACUGCUUAGAUUAUUAAUUAUCGGACAGUGUGAAUCGUUGGCGCCAGCGUUUAUCCGGUGCUCGGAACUGCAAACUCUUCCUUUAUAUGUCAUACUUUUCAUUAUGUGUAAUCGGAAUAUACACAGAAAAUAGCGGAUCUCCUAAGAAUUCAUCAAGCGACCUAAAGGACUACGGCUACAAUUUUUACACAGCUCAAUUCGUACAUCAUCGAUAACUAAUCUUGUUCGCGUGAAAAUUCAACAAACGUCUCGAUGAAUCAUUUGAAAGAGGGCGAUGCGCAAAAGCGCGAUGUAUAAUGGCGUGCCGGCACUCAAUGCACAAUCGCAAACUUGUAGAGAUUUACGUGACGUGUCUUUUAAUUUUUUACACUCGCGAACGUAACCAGCAAGAACACCGCGAACAAUCGUCAAUAUUUGCUCGCGGUAUUUGCAAUUUUUAUGCACCGCCUUGUUGCUCACUGCGGUUUUGUAACCGCAAGAUCGAAGCAACUACUUUCGGCGCUUGGACAUUUGGUUCGUUUCUCGCGCUCAGCCGUUUGAUUUAAUAACGCCGUUUGAAUCGUUCGUCUGAUUGAUUUGGAGUGGGCAGAAAUAACAGAGUCCUAAAUUUAGAUAGAGCGAACACGGGACUUUUCUCUCUCUCUCUCUCUCUCCUUCUUUCUCUCUUUUGAUACGGUGUGCAAUUUUAUUUCAUACGGUGACGCGAAUGUAAAGUCAGCGGAGUUUCCAACGAGCAUCAGUCGAGUUUAUCGUUGCCUUUACUGUCGCCUCUCGGAUCUUUGGGUUUCGAAUUUCAUUCAUUCAGGUUCUCAAGUUUUCGAAUUUCACUCACGUCACGCCUCCCGAAUUUGAGGGUGGCUUUAUUAUGCAUCUCAUUAAGAGUUCAUGUCUCGAAAGCGCUCCGCCGGAUGUUCCCCUACUCUUGGACGUAGUUAGACAUGCGACACGCGUCCAAAGAAUAUCGCAUCCCACGAUGAUCCCACGAUGAAAUCAUAAUAAUAGAGCAUUUAGCGUGUUGCAAACUCAGCCGCACGCGUCAUUUACUGAAGAAUGAUCUUCUGUCGUGUAUCAUCUCGGUGUCUGUCUCUUUAAACACGCACACACACGCACACACGCGCGCACGGCAUAUUCAUGCGAAAGCCAUUCACACACGUCCAUUUUAAUGUGAUAUACAAUACCAUUAUAUACAUAUAUAUAUUUAUAUAUAUAUAUAAUUAUAUAUAUAUAUAUGUGUAUAUAUAAAUAUAUACGUGUAUAAAUAUUAAUAUACAUGUAGAUAUUAUGAAGCAAAAACACUAUCGGACCUAACAGCGAAACUUGUAAGAUAAGACUUUUUUUAUAACGAAA